AUGUCUCUCCUACGCCAGUCGACACGGGCGCUCCGUGCUGCCGCCUCCGCCUCCUCGAGCGCACGUUUCAUCAGCACUUCGGCCAUUGCUCGCAACACCGCUCACCCUAAUACCUCGCCAGCACCCGUCAAGCGCACCGACAACCAGGGCCGUGACCUCGCUGCCGAACAGCUCAAGCGACACGAGCAAGCUGUCACUGCUGAUCUCGUCAGCAGCGCUCCUGAGGAGCUCCACCAGCGAACCGUCCGAAUUUUCCGCCCAACCAAGACUGCCAACUCAUCCGGCAAGGCUGGUACCAAGGUGUGGCGUGUCGACUUUGACAUCCUGCAAGGUUCCGCACGAUGGGAGAACCCUUUGAUGGGAUGGGCUUCUUCGGGUGAUUACAUGCAGGGCACUUCGCUCAAAUUCCGAUCAAAGGAGGAUGCCAUUCACUUCUGUGAGAAGCAGGGAUGGGAUUACCACGUCACCGAGCCAAAGGUGGCUCGCAUCCCACCCAAGAGCUACGCUGCAAACUAUAACUACAAUCCUGGCAAACUCAGGAUCCACCAUACAAAGUAA